CCUCUCCUCCUCCUCCUCCUCAACAUCAUUGUACUCCUCCUAGGGAUGCAUCGGCGUGCUGUGCACCUGUUUUAUGUCUCAUCUGGGCCAUCCGCCGCUGAAAUGCUCUGUUUUUACCAUCAAUAGCCACACGAAAAGGUUUGAACGACCUCUUCGGUGGUUCCCGAGAGGCCUCGACUCAGUGAGAUUUAGGUGGAGGAUGUGUUGAUGUUUUUCUCCUUUCGGGGUGCAGCAGUGAGACAGCAUCUUUGCCGGGUGACACAUCAUUAGCAGUAAGAGUGGACAAGCCCUGUAGGACAUCAUGUCGGACAAAAGUGACCUAAAAGCAGAGCUGGAGCGCAAGAAACAGCGCCUCGCCCAAAUCAGGCAGGAAAAAAAGAUAAAGGAGGAGGAGAGGAAGAAGAAAGAGUCAGAGAGCCAGCAGAAGAGAGAGUUAACCCCGGAGGAUUCAGACCUGGACCGUAAGCGCAGGGAGACAGAGGCCCUGCUGCAGAGUAUUGGCAUUUCACCUGAGCCUCCAUUAGUCCCGACUCCUGUGUCCCCCUCCAAAUCAGUGAGCACACCCAGCGAGACAGGGAGCCAGGAUUCAACUGAUGGAGGAGCAGCAGGCAGCUUUUACAAAUUGGAUUUUACAAAUUGGUCAGGUUUCUCUAAAAACAAGUCCCAAGCACAGAGCUCAAGGACGCUGCAGUGGGACACUGACCCCUCUGUGCUGCAGCUGCAGGCUGAUUCUGAGCUCGGGCGCAGGAUGCAGAGGCUGGGAGCCUCAAAGAUCACACAGGUAGACUUCCUUCCCAAAGAGUUGGUCUCUUACUGCAAGGAGACACAGACGCCACUCAACGCCCACCUGUCUGAAGUAGAGGAGGAAGAGGAAGAUGAGGAGAUGAUGGAGGCAAAGCCAGGCCCCGAGUCGGAGCAGCAGGAUGACGAUGACAACAGGGAAAACAAAGACGGCUCAUUUCCAGUCCUGCGGGAGCUGACAGAGGAGGAAAGGCAGCAGAUCCUGCACUCCUCUGAGUUUCAGAGCUUCUUUGACUGCAGCAUCCGUGUGAUGGAGAGAGCUCUGGCUGAGGACGGCAACAUCUUCUUCGACUACAGCGGCCGGGACCUGGAGGACAAAGAAGGAGACUUGGGUAGUGGCUCCAGUCUGUCUUUCAGUAGACUUUUCUAUGAUGAACACUGGUCGAAACAUCGUGUGAUCACCUGUCUGGACUGGUCCCCUCAGUAUCCUGAGUUGCUGGUUGCCUCCUAUAACAAUAAUGAAGAUGCUCCUCAUGAACCGGAUGGCGUGGCCCUUGUAUGGAACAUCAAAUUUAAGAAGGCCACGCCAGAGUACAUCUUUCACUGUCAGUCUCCUGUAGUGUCUGUGGGCUUCGCCAGGUUUCAUCCCAACCUGGUGGUCGGUGGGACGUACUCGGGACAGAUCGUCCUGUGGGACAACCGCAGUCACCGUCGGACCCCCGUCCAGAGGACUCCUCUGUCUGCUGCUGCACACACUCACCCAGUCUACUGCGUGAACGUGGUCGGCACCCAGAAUGCCAACAACCUGAUCACUGUGUCUACAGACGGCAGGAUGUGCUCCUGGAGUCUGGACAUGCUCUCCCAGCCACAGGAGACCAUGGAGCUGGUGUACAAUAAAUCCAAACCUGUGGCGGUGACAGGCAUGGCUUUUCCCACGGGAGACGUUAACAACUAUGUGGUUGGGAGUGAGGAGGGCACCGUGUACACUGCUUCCAGACAUGGCAGCAAAGCAGGUAUCUGUGAGAUGUUCGAGGGCCACCAGGGGCCGGUGACGGGCAUCAGCUGCCACAGUGCAGUGGGCACAGUCGACUUUUCCCACCUCUUCAUCACAUCCUCCUUCGACUGGACCGUCAAACUCUGGAGCACCAAGCACAACAAGCCUCUGUAUUCGUUUGAGGACAACGCUGACUAUGUGUAUGACGUGAUGUGGUCGCCUGUGCACCCUGCGAUCUUCGCCGCCGUGGACGGUAUGGGUCGCUUAGACCUGUGGAACCUCAACAACGACACUGAGGUACCUACUGCCAGUGUGACCAUUGAGGGCGCUUCGGCCCUUAACAGGGUCCGCUGGUCCUCAGGGGGGAAGGAGGUGGCUGUGGGCGACUCAGAAGGCCGAGUCUGGAUCUAUGAUACUGGAGAGCUGUCCAUGGCUCACACCGAUGAUUGGGGGCGCUUCGCUCGUACCCUAAUGGAGAUACGUGCUAACCGGGCAGAUGGCGAGGAGGAGGGGCCUAUGGAGCUGGCUUCAUAGAACGGGACUCCAAACCAAAGAGGAGGGAAUCAGAGAACAGUGGGGUAUACUACGAAGCAACAUUAAUGGGCAAAAUAUGUUUUGUUUUCAAUGUCAGGUGGCUCUUUUGUUCUGCUAUAGAGCAGAGUUUUGGGCUGAAAUCUAAGCAAGAAUUCUGUAUGCCCUUACUGAACUACUGAAUAUAUUUGUAGUGUUCUCUGGCUGUUUGCUCAUGCUAGCUAUAAAAGAAGCCCACCAUAAAAUUGCAGGUAGUAUACAUUCAUAGUUCCCGAAGACAAAAUUGUUAAGAAAGAAAGCUGAUAAACCCCAUCAUGAUGCACAUUAUCUCUGAUUAGGGUUUUAGGUUUUGUCCAACCAGCCAAGGCUUGAACUUGAACUGGCGUCGUAGUACGCCCCUCUGGUGUGCGUAUAUCGGUGUCACUGUAGCAUGUGCGUCAAAAAAAUCUGUUUUCUUUUGUUUCUUCACCUUUAUGUACAUUUUCCUGUGUGGUCCCAACAAGGCCACAAUUUUCUUGUGUUCUUGCAUUUACUCUCCCGUAAAUGCAAACUGUCUGUUAACGGUUAAAUUAUUGACCUCUAC